AUGGUCCUGGACUGUGCGUCGUCGGGAUCGCGCGCUGCGGUGCGCGCCCAGAGCCAGCCCAUCAUCACCCAGGUCAUCAACUGCUGCUGCGAGGAGUUCCUCGCUCUCGACGACGUUGACGGGCCCGUGAGCGUCUCCAGCACUCAGACGUCGCUGUCCUUCGGCACCAUCCAGAGGAUCGGCGGGGAUGUGCUGGCCACCAGCGGCAGCCUGACCAUGGUGGACUUCAGCAAGGUGACGUUUGUGGCGGGUGCCGUGGACCUUCGCGGCAACUCCAUCUCCUCCAUCUCCUUUGGCGGUCUCUUGCGCAUCGGCGGCUACCUGGAUGCCAGCGUGAACAAUCUGGAGAUGCUGGACUUUGGUCGCAUCACGCGUGUCGGCCGCCACAUCACCCUGCGCGAUAACGACCUCACAGCCGUCAACUUUGCCGGGCUGAUGCACAUCGGCGACAUGCUCAGCAUGGAGCAGAACAUGCUGCAGUCCGUGCACUUCCGCCGCCUCUCCAGCAUUCCAGGAGCAUUGGACCUGUCGCAGAAUCCCCCGCUCACAGCUGUGGACUUUGGCGGCAUCACCGCCAUCAGCGACAACCUGCUCCUCUACAGCACGGGCUUGCAGUCGCUCAACAUGGCGAACGUGACGGUGAUUGGGGGCUUGGCCCUCAUCUUCAGCAACGCCAUCACCGCAGUUGACUUUGCCUCCUUGACGCGUGUUGGCAACUCACUCCAACUGUACAACAACAACAUCAUGGGCACGCUCGAUUUUCACAAUCUGCGGGCGGUGGGCGCACGCGUGCACCUCUCGGGCAACUCGGGCCUCACCGCCGUCCAGUGCCGCAAUGUCCAGGCAGAAUGCAUUGAUGUGCCCAGCUUCCAGAACCUCCUCGCCUGUCCAACCAGCUGGCCUGCAAACGGCUGCCACUUGUCCAUGCUGCCACAUGACUUUCAUGAAUGA